AUGGGUCAACAAAAUUCACGUUCUAUUAGCUCAAAUAAAAGACUUACCCUUAAAAAUAAAAGCUUUAAGGAUUCUGGCAAAUAUAAUGAGAAAAAGAACACAGUAAAAUAUUUAAAUGAUGAAUAUUAUUAUGAACAAUAUGUUGAACAUACAAACGCAGGAUUGAAAGAAGAACUUCUUGACGAGUUUUCCGAUAAAUUUAAUAGUGAUGCAAAGAAUUUAUUAGCUUUAAAUGCUAUUUCUGGUAAUGACUUUAGCAAAGUUUUGUUGAAUCGAGAGAAAAUUGAAUUGGAAGGCAAAUCUACUAAUCAAAAAUCUUCUGGACGUUGCUGGUUAUUUGCUGCAACCAAUGUUAUGCGGUUCCUUGAAAAUAUUAUUGAUUUGGCCGACGAAGAUAUUGAUUCUCGUAUAAUUCAAUAUUUAAUUCAAGCACCAGUCAACGAUGGAGGUCAAUGGGAUAUGGUCAUUAACAUUUUGGAGAAAUAUGGUGUUGUGCCAAAAUCUGCUUUUCCCGAAAGUUAUAAUUCUUCGAAUUCAUCAAAGCUUAAUUGGUUGGUGACAACUAAAUUGCGUGAUUUUGCAUAUCAUUUACGUGAAUUGCACAAUGCUGGAAAGGAUCAUAAUACCCUGAGAUGUGUAAAGAUUGGUAUGAUGGAAGAAAUCUACAGGAUUAUUGCUAUUUCAAUUGGCGAACCGCCUAAAAAAUUUGAUUGGACCUUUAGAGAUAAAAAUGGCAAAUAUCAUAAUUACCCAAAUUUAACUCCAAAGAGUUUUUAUCAAGAUAUUAUUGGUUACAAGGCAACUGAAACAUUGUCGCUUAUAAAUGAUCCACGUAAUCCUUAUAACCGUCUUUAUACUGUUAAAUACCUUGGCAACAUUCAAGGAGGUUUUCCAAUUCGUUAUGUGAAUAUUUCAAUUGAAAUGAUGAAACAACUUUCAAUUAAAGUGUUACGUUCAGGGAAACCAGUAUGGUUUGGUUCUGAUGUCGGAAAAGGAAGCUAUUCGCCUUUAGGAAUUUUGGAUAAUAAAGUUAUUGAUUAUGAGUUAGGUUUUAAUGUUAAAUUUGAAUUAACUAAAGCACAAAGGUUACAAUAUGGACAAAGCUUAAUGACUCAUGCUAUGGUUUUAACUGGUGUUCAUAUUGAGAAUGAUAUACCUGUUCGUUGGAGAGUUGAAAAUUCUUGGGGAGAUGCUAUCGGUGACAAAGGUUAUUUCGUUAUGACUGAUGAUUGGUUUACUGAUUGGGUUUAUCAAAUUGUCUUGGAAAAGAAAGAUACACCUAAAGAAUUAGUUGAAGUAUUGGCUCAAGAGCCCCAAGUGUUACCUGCUUGGGAUCCUAUGGGUUCUCUUGCUAUUUAA